CGGCGCUCCCGGGCGGCGGCGGCGGCCGCUGCGGCGGGGAUGGGGCCGCGGCGCUGAGCGGGGGGGGCCCGGCGGGGCGGGGGGGGGCCCGGGCCGGCGCCCCCCGGUCCCGACGCGAUGGGCGAAUGGACCAUCCUGGAGCGGCUGCUGGAGGCGGCGGUGCAGCAGCACUCCACCAUGAUCGGCAGGAUCCUGCUGACGGUGGUGGUGAUCUUCCGCAUCCUGAUCGUGGCCAUCGUGGGAGAGACGGUGUACGAGGACGAACAGACCAUGUUCAUGUGCAACACGCUGCAGCCGGGCUGCAACCAGGCCUGUUACGACAAAGCCUUCCCCAUCUCCCACAUCCGCUACUGGGUCUUCCAGAUCAUCCUGGUCUGCACCCCCAGCCUCUGCUUCAUCACCUACUCCGUCCAUCAGUCGGCGAAACAACGGGAACGCCGCUACUCCUUCCUCUACCCGCUCUUGGAACGGGACGGCCGCGAAACCAAGAAAACCAAAACGCUCAACGGGGGGCUGGCCCCCAGCCCCGAGGGGGGCUGCAAGGAGGAACCCGACUGCCUGGAGGCCAAGGAGCUGCCCGGCCCGCCGCGCCCCCCCCGCAGCUCCAAAACCAAACGGCAAGAGGGGAUUUCCCGCUUCUACGUCAUCCAGGUGGUUUUCCGCAACGCCCUGGAGAUCGGCUUCCUGGCCGGGCAGUAUUUCCUCUACGGAUUUAACGUGCCGGCCAUCUUCGAGUGCGAUCGUUACCCUUGCGUCAAGGAGGUGGAGUGUUACGUUUCGCGACCCACCGAAAAGACCGUUUUUUUGGUCUUCAUGUUCGCCGUCAGCGGCGUCUGCGUCCUCCUCAACCUGGCCGAGCUCAACCACUUGGGUUGGCGCAAGGUCAAGGCCGCCGUCCGCGGGGUGCAGGCGCGUCGCAAAUCCUUGGUGGAAGUUCGCAAAAAGGACCUUUCCCCCCCGACCCCCGCGCCCGCGCUCGGCCGGACGCAAUCCAGCGAGUCCGCCUACGUCUGAGCCCCCCCGCGCCCCCCAGACACCUUCCCCAGGGGGGGUGCGUGUGGGGGGAAACGGUGCUGCCCCUCCCCAAAUCGCCCCCCUCCGGUUUUGCCAUAAGGGCUGACGCCGGGUCACGGCGUCGAUCGACCUCUUUCACGUCAUGGUGCAAGCGGGGAGUGGAAGUUGGGGUGGGGGGGGACACGCCACAACCUGC